CCAUAAUUUAAAAUCUCUACGACUCUACCCAUUGCCUCUUCAAAGUUUAAACCAGCCACACCACACAUCAAUUUAACGAAUCCUAAAGACCGCCAUGGAACUAAUUCAUUCACUUCCUACAACCUUCAGUUCAAGCAGUUUAUCUCCAACCCAAAAAGUACACCAUCAUCGAAAAUCACCAUUUCUACCCUCCAUAAUCUCUCAUCCUUUUGAUUCUUUCAGCUCCACGACUCCAUUUUUACCCAAAAAUCGAAAGUGUCUUCAACUUUCAUUAUCGUUAACCCAACAAAAUUUCAGUGAACCAUCUAAUAUUUCUUUCUUAUUUUCUCCAAACUUUUCAUUGCACAAGUCUUCAUUGUCAAUGAUUACUGCUUUUGCUUCAACAUCAUCAACAGCUACACCCUUUAAUUCUACUACUCCAAAUUCCACUGAAAAUGUUCAUUGGAUGGUUAUAAUGGAUAAGCCUACUGAUGGGAUUCAAACAAAAGCUGAAAUAAUCAAUUAUUAUGUCAGUAUUUUGGAGAAAGCUUUGGAAAGUGAGAAGGAUGCACAAAGUUGUAUAUAUGAUGCUUCCUUUGAUACCCAUUUUGGAUUUUGCUGCAUUGUUGCUGAAGAAACUUCUAGAUUCAUUGCUGGUCUUCCAGGAGUGCUAUCUGUUAAGCCUGAUCCUGAUAUAAAUUCAGUUAAGAAGGAUUAUAGUUAUCUGACUUAUCUCAACCUUCAAGACAAGUCUGUAUCAAAUUCACCCAAUCAGAGUACAUUGUUGCCCCCCAAAGGUUCAAAAUAUUGGCUUGUACGCAUCGAUAUGCAGUCCAGUAGAGUCUCAUCAAAGGCACAGGCUGUUGAUUUUUAUGUUAAGAUACUAACCAAGGUCUUGGAGAAUGAGACGGAUGCACAGAGAUGUAUAUAUCAUGUAACAUGGCAGUCUAAUCUUGGAUUUUGCUGUAACCUUGACGAGGAAUCUGCCCAGAAGUUAGCUACCAUACCUGGAGUUUUAUCUGUUAAGCCAGAUGAGCACUUUGAGUCAGAAAACAAGGAUUAUGGAGGUGAUAGAUUGCUGUCUGAUGCUUCAGAUUUUACAAAUGCCACAGAGAUGAGCAAAACCAAGCUUUUCAUAACAGGUCUGUCAUUCUACACAUCUGAAAAAACUUUACGUAAGGCCUUUGAACCCUUUGGUGAUCUAGCAGAAGUUAAGGUUAUCAUGGAUAAGAUCUCGAAGAGGUCAAAAGGAUAUGCAUUUGUUGAGUACAUCACCGAGGAAGCUGCUACCAUGGCUCUUCAAGAAAUGAAUGGCAAAAUAAUUAAUGGGUGGAUGAUAGUUGUUGAUAGAGCAAAGAAGCAGCCGCGAUACAUCAAGGAACGCACAAGAUGUUUGUCAUCACAGAACAGAAAAUUUAGGUAGACAGAUCGCUUCCUCAGAAUUCAGAGAUCAACAGCUUUCUACUAAAUUCUUAGGUGCUUAAGGAUUUAGAUGUGAUUAGAUGUCCAUGAAAAGUUGAGUAGAAGAGUAUACAACAUUGAAUGAUGGAAGUCAUAGGAUAGAGUUAUAACUAUUAGCAACUAGCAUGGUUAAUGCAUCAAGAUAUUCAAGAAAAUACCGAUUUUGGUCAACAUGCUCAUAGUUCAUUAUAAAUGGUGUACCUGGAGACUGGAGUAUGGACAUAGGUAAACCAAGACAAAAAUUAUGUUCUGGAAGGUGGCUUCAGUAACUAUUUUGUAGAAGGUACUUCACAAAUGUAAAACUUUGCUUUGGUGUAUCCCAAUUACAGGCAUACUGCGUGAAUUUAAGAAACUGUACAUUUUUGUAUUUUGAAAGAAAUAGAAAAACUCCAUUCUUAUUUGGUA